UUACACUCCUGAAACAUAAAGAUGAUUUGUUUUCUGAUAAGUGUAUUUCUGCUUUCUGUACAAGGCUCCUGUGGACAGAUUGUGAUGACUCAGUCUGCAGAAUUCCUUACUGUGUCACUAGGAGAAAGUGUCACCAUGAAAUGUAAAGCCAGUACUAGCGUAGGUGGUAACUUAGCCUGGUACCAACAGAAACAAGGACAAUCUCCAAAGCCUCUUAUCUAUGCUGCAAGCUACAAACACACAGGGACCCCAGACAGGUUCAGCGGCACUGGGUCUGGUACUGAUUACACUCUCACUGUCAGCGGAGUGCAAGCAGAAGAUGCAGCAGAUUAUUAUUGUCAGCAGUAUCUGAGCUACCCUCUCACAGUGAUACAGAGCUGUACAAAAACCUUCCUCUCAUGUUUCCUCUGCUUCAUUACUAUCAAGUGUUCAGUAAACAUACAGUGGUACAGGGAUGUGGCUGAUGAGCCCUCACGACGACAGGAACCUGGAAGAGAGAAGGAGGCAUCUGAAUGUGAUGAUGUGGUACCCCCUACCCCCCAAACCCGCACUACUGCUAGGCCCACCAUUGCAGCUAGGCAGGCAGUAAGGAGGGAGUUAGCUUUGUCCCCUAGGAGUACUGGGAGUAAUGGUAGGACCAAUGUUAGUGCCCAUAGGGGAGGAGAAAAAGAGGGCUCGGUCAGGGGUAAUAGCCCUCCCGCACAAUCUAGGCCUAAUCAAUCUUCAGGGAGCGUGGGUGGGCCGGGGAACAUCAUCCAGCAGAGGUGUCUUUGA